AUGAGCGGGGCAUUGAACUCGCGCCACCGACAAUAUGAGCAUCUGAUUCUCUCUACGGGUCUCUUUGGCACGCUUCUUCUCCAGCUCGUCGCCGCAUACACGGUUCCGCAAUAUGUUCUGGACCAUGCCCCAAUCGUCUGGCUCCACUCCGACGACCCGUACAUGCCAAGUGACAUCUUGACGCAUAUCUUGCACACGUCCCCGAGGAUCGGCUUUGAACCAAUCACCGAGGCGACACCGCUGGCAAGCCUCGAGAAUCUGUCGCUGUUGAACGCCUACGGCAAAGAUGGGACCGACGUCUUCUUGACGGCGGUGGAUGACGUGUCGACCUUCCCGGACUGGGUGCUCGGCGAGACACCUGAUGCGGCGACGGGUGCCCUUACCAAUUCUACAGCGUGUGCGGUUGUCGUGGUGGAGAAGACGACGAAGAAGGGAAAACAUGUCGACCCCCAGCAGGGUCAGCAAGAAGUACUAGUCCUGGACGCUUUCUACUUCUACUUCUACUCGUGGAACGAAGGGGCGGAUAUCUCGCAGGUCCUUCCGCCGCUGAACAGGUUGUUCCCGGACAGUAAGCCGGGCGAUCACUAUGGAAAUCACCUGGGCGACUGGGAACACAACAUGGUCCGAUUCCAGGACGGGAAGCCGACGGGGAUCUACUUCAGCCACCACACCAGCGGCGAGAGCUGCGCGUGGGAAGACGAAGCGUGCCUUUCGAAGCAGGGGGAGCGACCCGUCGUGUUCAGCGCGCGCGGAUCCCACGCAAACUAUCCUUCGGCGGGGAGCCAUGUCCACGACGAAGCCCUCAUCGACGUCGCAGACCAGGGCCGGAUGUGGGAUCCCAUCAAACGAGCCUAUUUUUACCGUUACGACCCUCAGACAAGCGGACGGGGAAUCUUCACCGCCGCAGACCCCGCCGGCGCCGACCCGACCGACUGGCUCAACUUCAACGGCAAUUGGGGCGACAAGCAAUACCCGGACACGGACCCGCGACAAGAGACGGUCCCGUAUUUUGGCCUGAAGAAAUUCAACAGCGGCCCCAACGGACCCAAGUUCAAGCACCUGGUGCGUAAAGGCCUGGUGCCCGACGUGGGCGAGAAGCCCAACCUCAUCAAGACCCUCGUGCACUGGUACAUGGGCAUGUACGGGUGCUGCCUGAAGGGGAUCAACCCGUGGGUCGUCGUCGUCGUGGUAGUGCUUGUCGCGGCCGUGUCUGUUGCACUGUGCGUCUUUGCGUGCAAGAGGGUUCGGCCGCGGUUGAAGGCGUGGAUUCUCAAGAAGACGAAGAGGAGGAAGCACGACGAAGCUAAAGAUACCGCUGAUGUUCAGCUUCGUCUGCUUGAUCCCGACGGGGUGGAAGCGGAGGAUGAUCCCGAGGUGCUUGGUAUAGAUAGAUAG